AUGGCAGAGCAAGACGUGACAAAGUACAUGAAGGCCGAGAUCAAUGACUGCCUUCACACAGAGUCCGAAAUCAAAGAAGGCCAGGAUCUGUCCCCCAAGUGGUCGGCGGAAUAUUCCGAUGUGUACGAUGCUCGGAACCUGAAGGUUAAGACCUUCCGCCACCAGGCUCAAGUGUCCUCGGCAGCCAAGGAGCGCAAUGCCACCAGUUCCCGUCGUUUCAGUGAAGGUGAAAUUGAGCUUGGAACUCGGCUAGUUGCCCGUGAGCAGCUACAAGGUACCAUCUAUGUACCCACAUCGGCUAAGUUGUGGAAGCAGAUUCUGACUGUGCGACUCAAGCGGCUUGACGAACUUCUGGAAGGCGGCAUGAACCUCGACCUCCUUACAAACGAGGAAAUCGCCAAAGGCGUGGCUAGGGAGAAGUUGGUGGAGGAGCUGCUCGGCGAGGAGAAAUAG